CAUAUACUUUUGUGUAGAAUUUUUUUAUUUUUCAGCAAUAUUCUUCAUCAUGGCAGACGUGGCAGUAGAUUCGUCGCUAAAGUUGGAUAACAAGUUCACAGACUUGGAACUGGAGCAUCCCGUCGAUGGAGACAUCACAGUCCCAGGAGCACCUGAAGAUGAUUCUGAACCAUCCACACUCGAUGAGCCGGUCAGGGAAACAGUCUUGCGAGAUAUUAAAGCCAUAGGGCUGAAGCUGUUCCACGUGAUGUACCCAAAACAGAGUAAAGCACUUCUUAAAGAAUGGGAUCUGUGGGGACCUCUUGUGUUGUGCACACUUUUUGCAAUGCUACUGCAAGAGUCAACCACUACUGAUGAUAAGUCCCAUGAAGCAGUCAACUCUCAGUUCUCUGAAGUAUUUGCUCUUCUGUCGUUCGGUGCCAUCGUGGUUGCUCUCAAUUCUAAACUCCUUGGAGGUGUCAUUUCGUUCUUCCAGAGUGUUUGUGUUCUUGGUUACUGCAUCCUGCCCCUUGUCAUCAGCCUCAUUGUCUGUCGUCUCCUCGUUCUGGCCGGAGACUCCACCAUUCUGUUCUUCAUCCGACUGCCCAUCGUCAUCUUUGCAUUUUUGUGGUCAACUUUUGCUUCACUGGCCUUUCUUGCCGACAGCCAACCACAGCACAGGAAACUCCUAGCUGUCUACCCCAUCUUUCUCUUCUACUUUGUGAUUGGCUGGAUGGUCAUCUCACGCAGUAGCAGCUGAGUACUGAAACAACCAAUCACAUUACGCGUUACAAAAGUAGUUUUAAAGUAAUAUAUGAAAGAAGAGUUCACCAGUGUAGUGGCCCAGUUCUACAAACAGAGUAUGAAAUCACUAAAGGUUUGGUUGUGCAACUUCUCCUAAGUGUGGCUUUGCGCAGUACAAAUCAAGUGGUGCAUUUUUUUCGCGGCUGUUACCAAUAACUGUUUCCAUCAUUGGCAAGUGAUUAUCCAAUGGCCGAUUCAACAGAAACAGUUAUUGACUACAACCACUGUGCUGUAAUUUCAACAUAACAGCCUCGUCUCAUAUCAGGAUAAACAAAAUCAAACGCUGCCAUUUUUCACUAAGUUUAAGAUGUAGGAAGUCCGGACUCUGUGGCUCUGCUGUAAACAAUGUCAUGUUUAACACAUGCUAUUAAAACAGUUUCAGGAUAAAGUGAUAAACCACAAGGGAAACUGACUGGGUAAAUGUUUAAAUAAGUUUUGGUUUGAACAACCUUCAACCUUUGGGUGAUCAUGCAGCACUCUACCAGCUGAGCUAUCUACCCCUAUUGUUGGGGGUCUCCUUUUUUGUUGUAUGUUUGUGCGGGGUACUAGUCAGAAGCUAUUCAUUCUGUGGCUUCACAGGAUAAAGAUCUUUACUUGUUGAUGGAUCAUUCACUCUCUUUCCUUUGCUUGACCCUAGCAGUAUUCCAGGCUGAUGAAUUCCGCCCAACAUUCAGAUUCUGUAUUGGUAAAUUGAUAAAUUCAGCCAUACUUAUUACGCAAUUGUUAGUUAUAGAUUGUAAACUUACUGGCUGAAGAUGGGCAGAAUAUGCAACAGCUCUUCUCAGAGCCAUAGUUUUGCUGAAACCACUUACCCUUAAAAUGACCUUUGUGAAAGUUUGAUAUAAAUUUUGGGAAGUCCACUUUCAACUCGUGCAUGCAUUGACUACAGUCGUUGGUUCUAGAAAUUUUAUUUGAAAAUUUUAAAAGAAAAGUAGAAAUUUACUGGGUAAAAUAAUUGGCAUUACAAGUACUUUAUAGGCACUAGUAUAGGGUUAACCCGAAGGAGACCAUUUAUUUGUUAUAACCAAUCAUCACCAUAGGCCCAUACAUGGCUAGUUUUGUUGAUUGUUUUACCACAGUACUUUCACUAAAAGUGUCUGGGAAAUUAAUACAGAACAUAUAGUGGGUUUUGUUUUAAAAGCACAUACUAUAUGAACAUGGGAUACUUAAAGACAGCAGACACUAUUGGUAAUUGUCAAAGACCAGUCUUCUCACUUGGUGUAUCUCAACAUAUGCAUAAAAUAUCAAACC